UGAACUACCCGUCACCCACCCCAAGCUCGACGUCCACCGCAUGACAGACCAUGAUUCUCCUCUCCUGGUCCAAACCGACGCUCUCCGCCUCUCUCCGAGCCGUAGACGCCUGUAUCUGGACCCUAGGCGUGACUCCUCCGCGCGCUUCCGCUGAUGACGAGGCCGUCCGUCGGGUGACACUGGAGUACACCAGCCAGGACGCCAAGGCUUUCAACGAUGCGUUUACUGCUACUUCACGGAGCAAGAGUGUGAUCGGGCAAAAAGAGGAAGCAUCCGCCGUUUUUGGCCCCGGAAAAUCUCGUUUCGUGUGUUUCAGCGGCGCAAUGGCGGAGCGAUAUCAGUUAAAACCUCUUGAUGUAUACUCGAGACGCAUUUUCAAGGCAAAGGGCACCGAUGAUGGCAUGGCUCAAGAGCUGUCAACUUGACGCAAGCGGGAGACUCG